AACGUUCAUUUUAUUGUUUUCCACCUUAAUGACAGCAAUUGCAAUACAUCCUAACAGUUUCACUGUAAGUCGCUCAGCACUCACAAAACGUUCACACGUUGAAACGUUGAUAAGUUUGUCCCAACGGUAGUGAACGAUUCCAUCAUUCGUCAUUAUUUUGCCUUCGAUGCCUCAAUGCCUCCCUAUCCUCGGCUCGUCAUAAUCAACCGCUCGAAGCUGCUCACCGCCCGACUCAUCCACCCAUCCUUUCCAGCAACAAACACAAGAACGACCAGCAUAAAAUCACCUCGACGAUAAAGUUUAGAUUAUUCCUGACAUUAUCGUGAUUCAGCCAAUCGUGGUGGUGGUGGUGGUGGUACGCCGUUGGGAGUAGUGCAAAAUUUUCUUAAGGACCGUCCGAUGGGAAAGAACAUCGAACCGGCACAUCCAUCGUGCACAGGAUGAGGAUGAGUAGAAAAAAACACACACUGUAAACGGUUAGGAUAUCACUUGGGAAGGGAAGCGGACGAUUUUAUGCUGGUUUCGUUCCGAACGUGCUCCAGAAGGAGGGAACUGGAAGGGUGUGCUGACUGAGAAUGAAUCGGUAAGCAAAGCUAGAAUAUAUAUGUAUGUCUCUACACCACAUUCCACCCUCCUGACUUGUGUGCCUACAAACAGGCCGACCCCAAUCCCCACCCAAUUGGGAUGCUUCCUUCUGCGUAGGAUGGCGGCAGAAUCCUUCCACCGUUUGGGGCAGAAGGUAUAAAAGCGCCACUAGUGAUUGGAAAGCUCACCAGUUGAUACGAGUGCGUCGUGCGUGCUGUGUCGUCGUUUUUCGCAGGGCACAUUGGACACUGUUUUCUGGGAUUGCUACAGUGGACAUUUCUGUUUGUCAACGGGAUUUGCGAAGUGCAAUAAGUGUUUUCGGUUGGACUUUUUGUUCCCCCCUCAGGUGUGCAAAAACGAUGAGUGGUUCCGGCAAAGGAUUAUUGGGAUUAUGGCUGUACCAUAGCGGCGAUCAGGAGUGGGCCGUUAAGGAGGGCAGCCCGUUACAUCGGCGGAAGGAAUUUGCUAAAUCGGCCGACCACAGCAAUGGCAACGAGCGCAACGGAUCCGACCGGACGUCGAUCAUCUUCACGCUGAAGAACCAAAUCGGUGGUCUGGCCAGUGCGCUGCGCGUGUUCCAGGAGCUCGGCAUCAACGUGCUGCACGUGGAGCUGAACAAAAGCGGCGAAAUGUGCGACAGUGCGGACGUCCUGGUCGACAUCGAGUGUGAUGCCAACCGGCUCGAGCAGGUGCUGCGACUGCUAAAGCGCGAAGUGCAGUCGGUUAACUACGCCGCCCAGAUUAGCAGCGAUGGACCACCGCCAACGCCACUGUCCGCUUGUGGUAGUUUCGAUUUCGGCGAGAUGCAUUGGUUCCCGCGGAAGAUAUCCGACCUGGACCGGGCGCAGAACGUGCUGAUGUACGGCAGCGAGCUGGAUGCGGACCAUCCCGGGUUUAAGGAUCCGGUGUACCGCAAGCGUCGAGAGCAGUUUGCGGCCAUUGCCAACUCCUACAAGCAUGGCAGUCCCAUCCCGAGAGUUCAGUACACACCGGAGGAAAUCAAAACCUGGGGUACGGUGUUCCGUGAGCUGCACAAGCUCUACAUCAAGCACGCCGUGCCGGAGUAUCUGGAGAACUGGCCCGAGCUGGUGAAGUACUGCGGCUACCGGGAGGACAAUCUGCCCCAGCUGCAGGACAUCAACGUGUUUCUGAAGCGCAAAACUGGCUUCCAGAUCCGCCCCGUGGCCGGUUACCUCUCACCGCGCGACUUCCUGUCCGGGUUGGCGUUCCGGGUGUUCCACUGCACCCAGUACAUCCGCCACUCGUCCGAUCCGUUCUACACGCCCGAACCCGACUGUUGUCACGAGCUGCUCGGGCAUAUGCCGCUCCUAGCCAACUCGAGCUUUGCGCAGUUCUCGCAGGAGAUUGGGCUCGCUUCGCUCGGUGCGUCCGAGGAGGAUAUUAACAAGCUGGCGACGCUGUACUUCUUCACGGUCGAGUUUGGGCUGUGCCGUCAGCAAGAUGGCAGCUUUAAGGUGUUUGGGGCCGGGUUGCUUUCGUCGGUGGCGGAGCUGCAGCACGCAAUCACCACGACGGACAAGAUCAAGCGGUUCGAUCCGGAGGUGACGUGCCAGGAGGAGUGCAUCAUCACAGCGUACCAGAACGCGUACUACUACACGGACUCGUUCGAGGAGGCGAAGGAGAAGAUGAGGGCUUAUGCGGACACCAUUCAGCGCCCGUUCGGUGUGCGGUACAAUCCGUACACGCAAACGGUGGAGGUGCUGAGCAAUGCGAAGAAGAUCACGGCCGUCGUGAGUGAGCUGCGCGGUGAUCUGAGCAUUGUUUCGUCCGCCCUGAAGAAGGUGUCCGCGAUGGAUGAAAACCUGGACGUGGAAAAGAUUGAGAAGCUGCUGUCGAGCAGUUUGCAUGUGUGCGAUAAAACACUUAAUUCGGAGGAACACGAUGGACCCGAGCAGACUUCAAGUACACCCAAUAAAGAGUAGAAACGCUCAAAGGGAACUGGAGAAGAAACGAAACAUUAGUUCGUCCUGCAUGCUGCAACACGUUUACACAAAAUGUACAAUAAAAAGACAGUGGUGAACGGUGGAAAGGUGGAGGUUGGUGGGCGAGAAGCUAGUCAGAGCGUUGCCGUAAUUUGAUUGCCGUCUCUUGCAAAAUGAUUCAAAUUUCCUUAACUAUACAAUCAACGAAUAGGCAGUGGCUGUUGGGCAACAUUCAGUGAAAGAAAAGAUAAUCUAUAUGUCAUAAUUAGAUGUGAACUGUAAAAUAACUCUUAACCUUUUCUGUA